AUGUGCGAUGGCGGGCGUAUCCAGGUGCCACCUCCAGAUGGAGUAGCCUGAGGUGGCGGUGGCCCUUUAGGCAAUGGUAUCGAUGACAUGUUUCCCCGGAAUGGAGGAGCACCAAUCAUUGAUGGCCUUCUGUCUCUGUGAUCGGGAAGGGUAGGCGGCUUUCUCAUAGGACCAACGCCCAUAGGCAUUCCUGGUGGACCGGAUGGCGGAGUGCUGAGCAAUGGUUGUCGAGGUAGAGGGAUCAUUGGAGGUGGCGGUAUCGGUCUUGGAAGAGGCGGAGGCGUUGGUGUAGCUUGCUGUGCCGGGUUUUGAGGUGGUGCUUCCUUUUCUUUUGUAGUCUCCUUCACUUCUUCGCGCUUUGGGAUUUUAAAAUUCUUCAAACUUCCAACGAAACCAAAUGGCAGUGGCGCAGUAGGGGUAGUUUUUGAAGAAGAAUUACCAGCAGCUGUACUACCACUUGCAUUGAUGUCAAAAGUUGAAGCUGCAUUCGACGACUUGUGCCUCUUAUGCUCGCGAUCCUUUUCUUUUCCCUCAGCCUUUCUCUUCUGCCGUCGAGAUUCAUCUGAUUUAUCUUUAGACCUUUCCUUAUGCCCUUCCUUCUUCUCUUUAUCUCGUUUCUUUUCUUGUUUCUCAAGUUUCGGCAUCGCUUGCAUAGGUAUGGACUUAGUCUUCUGCGCAUCAACUGAAGGGGAUGCACGUGAAGGUACUUUGGGAAUCUUUAAUAUCAGCUUGCUGGCGCCUUCAAUCUUGACAGUGGGUGUAGUGUUCUGAGAUCCCUCAGCUGAUGGUGCCUGAUCCCGUCCUGAUUCCGAGGAAAUUCGUGGGGAAGAGGUGCUUGCCUGGGCAGUGACUGUGACAGACUGUAAAGGCGAUGCACUGACGGAUGUGCUUGAAAGAGGGGUUGAAGCUACCGUUGAUGCAGCCGAUAUGCGUUCUUCAGGUGGCGGAGGAGACUCUGUUCCAUCGUCAUAGAGAUCGCUAAAAAAGCAUGCUAGAGACUUAUAUUACCGUAAACUCUUCCUGCUUCCAAUCAAACCCCAGACCACUGACUCUACUCACUUGAAAACACUUCUCUUCGGGGGAGGUGUAGCUUGAGAUGGCGCAGACGUUUUUAGCCUCCCUACUACCGCAUCAAGACUGGUCUUCCUCGGUUGAGACGAUCGCGGCGAAGGCAGAGGAGCAGGCUGGCUUACUGAUGGUGAAGCCGCUGCGAGUGGAGAUGGGGGAGGAAGUGUAGAGGAUGACGGAGUACCAACAGGAGCACACAGAGGACUCAUUGAAUGUGAAGGACUGUUCGUAGCUGAAGUCGUUGCAACUUGAUUUGUCACAGGCGAACGCGAUGGAAACAUGCCCAAUGAUUUCGGCGGUGGUGGAGGAUCACAUUCGUCAUCCGAUUCGGUAUCAACAUAAGGAGACGUUGAUACUCCAAGCAUACCUGGAUUAGACAUUUGUUCAAAGUCACUGUACGAUCUCUGCAAUGGAGGUGGCACUCGCUGCUGCAUUUCCAGUUCGGCAUGCGACAUUGCUAACGCCGCCUUACGAGAGCCACGCGGACGACGUACUCCAGUUUUUCCGCGAGGCUUUCGAGUUGGAAUGCCGGCCAAGGCAGGAUCCUUCCCCAUUGUCUGUUGUAGAUCGCCCAUUCGAUCUCCCAUGUUGGCAGUUUUUCGAGCUCGUGGACGUCGCUUGGUUACGGUUCCUCUCAUAGACUGUCCAGAAAUCGGGCUUCCGACGGCUCCGUACGCAAAUGGAGUGUACUGGGGCGAUGGUGAAGGAUAGGCCGAUCCGCUACCUACGGAACGAUCGUCGGCGAACUCAAAAACAUCCGGAGUGGCGGAUGCAAGUCCAACGGCCGCUGCCGCACCGACACUGUGCGUCAUUUUCAAUCGAGCCGUUUCCAGAGGGCUUAACUGUGGUACACCACUGCCCGGACCGCUUCCACUGACACAUCCGGUUGGACGUGACGGUGCUGGACUGGUUGAGUGUCGAUUCGAUAGUAAUGGCGUCGGUGUUUUGUUAUCAUCAUCCAUGCCGUCAGCUAACUGACAUAUCGCCUCCUGCAAGGUUUGUAUAUUACACUCAACCGGUUCAGGCACCGUCAGGACGUUACGAACAAGAUGACGUUUGAUGCUCAUCAAUUUCGAGGCUUUGUAUUUGAAUACUCUUCUUGUCACUUUUGCCACAAUUUUAUUUAAGUUCCGUACCAGGUCUGAUAUCGCGAGAGCUGUAUCAGAUUGAACACGCUGAGUACGAGCUUCUGCUCGGGCAGCAGCUGGUGGGCGAGUACCGCUCUCAGUUGUUAUCUCUUUGUAAGAAGCAAGAAGUCCACCCGGUGUAGCUAAUGGCACAGAAUGCACCUCGAAGGUGAAUUCAGGCACACAUGCUCGAAGUGGUUUCUUUGAAUCUUUGCUUCUGUUCAACAAUGGCAACCAAGCAGUGCCAACUUUAUCCAUGCCUGAUACACAUGAUUCAUUAUCCACUUCCAUAGCAGUUUGUUCUGCACUUAUUUCGUCACUGCGGACAUCUUCACAUCCCAGCUCUUUAAGCACUCGUACCAUCGAAACAGGAAUAGAACGAGUCUUGUUGAUCCUUGUCGUAAGCAUAGAAUUAAGGUCGACACGCACGGGGACACCAUUCGAAUCCUCGACGCUACCAAUCCAUUCAAAUUCGCGAGUCAGUUCAAUACGAACUAGGUACAUUUUAUUAGCUACACAAAAUGAAAGUUCGUAUCGAGCUGCUGAAGGUACGAUACGAAUGUCAACAUGAGGCUGUCCUUCCUUCCAUUUCCCACUAGUCAUCGCUAACAGCGACUCCCAGAGGCUGUUGUGUAUUGCUUGGGCUCGAACGAUAGACACUAUCUCAGCAAGCUCCGAGCCAUUCCCUAUACAAAUUUCAGAAAUGACGCAGUCUCUUUCUUCAAGAAGAGAAUUAGUGCAUACUGUGUACCAAUGCUGACGAUAGGGCUGUGGAAAGCAAGUACGCAUCACGAGUUCAGAUUGCUCAAAUUUGAAACCACUCAUGUAUCGGUACAAGUUGACGUUUUCCUUCACAGCGGCAGGUCUUGCCAAAUGGCGUUCCAAACGCCGCCACAUACCAUAGCUAAACAGCAUUGGCGACGAAAAACGCAGCUGGAAACCGGCCUUGCAAGCAGAAACUGAGGACCAGGGAUUGCGUGAAUCUCCUGCUGGGAGCUGUAUUUCCUUAUCAAGGCUAACUAUCGAUAACUCCAUAUGGUCAAGAUUGUCGAAGUCUGAAAGUUCCAACUGAGGUUUUUUCUUGGCAACAACAUAGCUUGGCUCGACAGUAUAAAAUAUUUUUGCCGGUCGUAGUGGCGUACGAUACAGCAAAAAUCCAUAUGGGAGAGUUCCAAUGGUUUCAAAUGACGGACUCACACCACAGGAGGCUGAGAGGAAGCCUUCGAAUGUAUCGAGAGCAGUAACACAAAUGUUCUUCUCGGCAGCUGUGAUAUUGCUUGGUAUCGUUGCCAAUACAGAAAAAAUGUUCCCACGCAAUUUUCCAUAAUCUCCACUUCUUAUCAAUUGAACAGCAUCGUCGCAAACAACUGCAGGCUUGCCAAAAUAUCCAAUUUUACACGAGGUUACUUCAUCACCAUCGAAGGUAAACUCUAUAGUAAUAUCAUAG